AUGGAAGUCACUAUCAAAACAUAUUGCUAUGCAAUAAUGAAAGAGACAAUGUCUUAAUUCAUUUGUUCUGGAUUAGUCUACAAAUUAUUUGUGUUUGUUGAGUUGAUGCAAAAUAUAUAUUUUAUUAUGCAUCCAAUCUUAAAGUUUGAAUUAGAUAUUGUGUUUGUCGAAUAUUUUAGACAAGUAAUCCAAUAUUCCUAAUUAACAUACAUAUUAGAUGCAAUGGAUUAAAAUCAAUCAAUAAUUUUACUCUACACAGCUUUUGGAUUAUAAAUUACAUUACUAUUUCUGAUAGGGCUAGGUGUAAACUUUGUGAAGCAAAAGAAAAAAAUAACAACAAUCACGUCAUAUUCUUUUAAAGCAAUAAGUUUUUAUGCAUUAAUUCUUAAUUUAUUUCUGCAUGUUUGUAUUAUAAACAUUUUCUUUGUGUUUCUCAUUUGUUAUCCAGAUUCAUAGUAUAGUUAUGGUGUGGAAUGUUAUUCAGGUGUGUAUAUACUUCAUACAGUAAUGGCCGCGAUUGGAUUGUUGUUGUACUUUUUAAUUCAGUAUUACUUUUCGACUUUUUAUAUAGACUUAAAGCCAUUUUCUGAUGUUCCUUUUGCUUAGCCUUAGAAUAGAUAUGACUAUGUGAAAAUCAUAUUUAAAUGUGCAAUUCUGUUAUUCAUUACAAUUGAUUAUAAGGCAGAGAAUCCUUACACUUAUAUUAUCUUUAUUCUGAUACUAUAUUUCAUUUUGCUUAUGUUUAGAAUUUACGAGCCUUAACAUUUUCAACUUGAUAUAUACAACUUCUUAAUUGCUUGCGAUGUUAUUUAGUUUAGUCUGGCCUUUUGUUAUACACUCCAUAAAUUUUUGGAUGAUGGAGCACCUGAUACAGUGGGAUUUUACUUUAUAUUGGCUGCAAUUCCUUUUGUUUAUUAUUGUGCUAUUCAGGUUGGUCAUAAGAAGAAUCAUUAUUUUUAAGUGAAAGGAAUAAAGAAACUAAGUGAUCCAAAUUAACAUGAACAGCUGUUUAAUUAACUUAUAUACAUAAUUGAUAGAAGAGACAAUCUCUAACAUUAUUUACUGUUGGAAGGAAUACUUGUAUAACAUAUGGAGACUUGUUAAAAUGCAAAUUGUCAAUGUUAGUAUUUAAGUGAAUCAAAAUCCAAAGAAUUAGAUGAUUUAACAUGGUACAAAUUUAUUAUUCAAAUGAUUGAUUUAUCAAUUUCAAAAUUUCCAAAAAGCUGUAAAUUAUAUCUGUUACAAUCAUAUAUUUAGAAUAAUAAAUUAAACAAUAAAUUCAAAUGUUAUUAUUCACUUUAACAUAUCAAAUCGUUAGAGACUUCAUUAAAAGAAGAAUUCUAAUCAUAUAGAGAUUUACAUACACUUGAAGAGAUAAUGCAGGAAGAGGAUUAGAAGGCAGAAAUCAUUAUUGAUGUUCUUCAGGUUGUUAAGUUCCAAAAAUAUUAUGGAUAAUUUUAAAAUCUUUUAGAAGAAUCUGUUAAAAGACAUUAUGAAUUUUGGUGUGAAUUACAAGAGAAUAAUCCAGAUAUCUAAAAAUUAUUUACUUUAGGUAGUCAAAUCACCUAAUCAGUUGAGGAUGUAAAGGAAUUAUAUGAUAAAUUAAUGGAGAUUAAUCCUAAUCAUAUUAAUACAUUAAGAAUCUUUGGACAAUUUCAAAAUGAAGUAAUAAAUGCAGACAACUUGGGUUUAAGAAUAUUAGAGAAAGCAACUCAGAUAGAGAAUGCUUAAUUAGCUUAUUCAAAUGAAACACAAACAGAGAAAUAUGGUGAAAAUAGUAAUACUUGUAUAAUGACAUGUUCAGCUGAAACUAAAUCCUUGGGAUUAAUUUAGAGUUGCAAUAAAGAAAUCGAAAAAUUAGGAUAUCAUAAAUAUGAAUUGAUCAAUUAAUUUAUUACUCGUAUAAUGCCAAAAUGUUAUGCUGAUAACCAUGAUAAGUUUAUGUCCAAGUAUUUGGAAACAAAUGAAAGUAAAAUAGUUGGAAAGGAGAGAACAGUAUAUUGUUAACAUAAGAAUGGAUCAAUCAUCCCUUGUUUGUUGAUGUUCAAAAUUCUACCAUAAUUGAAAAAGGGAUUAAGAAUGGUGAAUUUCUUCAAAGUAUUAGAUAACUAUGAUUCCCAUUAUUAUAUCUUAUUUAAUCCGACAUCCUAUUUGAUAUACGGUUUGAGUUAGAAUUGCUAAGAUUCAUUUGGUAUACCUGUCAAUUUUGCUUAUGGGAACAAUGCUCAUUCAAAUGAUUUUAAUAUGGAAAUUUUGAUUCUUGAUUUCAAUCAUUUAGUAGAGAAAUUGAAGAUUUCAUAGGAAAAUGUUUAGACAGCAUUUCCACUUUAAUUGGAUACAACUAAAUUGUAGAAAUAAUUCAUAAUGGAAGAUUCAGUUGAUCGAUUAUCUUUAAUGGAUGAAGGUGAAAUCAAUAAUAAUAAUAAUUAAUUGAAUCAGAAUGGGAUAUCAGAUAACUUAAAAUCUUCAGUGAAAAAGGAAUCAUUAUUCAAGGUCUACAAGAUUAGUUGUACAGUUGAGAAAUAAAUAUACACAGAUUUAGAAGUGGCAAUUUUAAAGUUUACAGAAGCAACAGCAUUUUAAGAGGCAUCAAAAAGUGGUAAUUAUUAUUAGAGUGAGAUAAAAUUGAAAUCAAAAUAAACCAAGUAUUCUUCAUCUGCUACCAAAAAGAAAGCUGAUUAACAAGUUAAUGAAGACUAUUUGAAUGAGGAUAGAUCAUCUGUCAAUUCAGUUUAAUCUAGUUUGAAUGAUGAUAUGCGUAGAUUAAAAGAUUUCAAAGCUUUGAUGAGUGAAAAGAAAGUGCCUAGAAAUAUAAGAACAAUCUAAAUUACAAUGUUAUCAUUAACAUUAAUAUUAUUGACUGUUUCGAUUGUAGAUUUAGUAUUAAAAGGAAUAUAAAAUACUUCAUUUAAAUAUUCAUCCUAGAUUUUAUCGGACUCAUACUCAGUUACAAAUUAGAUGUCUACAAUAACUUUGCAUUCUAGAAUAUUGGAUAUGAUAGGCACAGGCGAAUAUAACAAUAGUAAUGGAUUCCUACCUUCAUUUUUGAGAGAUGAUUUAACAAGAAGAUUAAAAGUUGUAUAAUAAUUUCAGUUUGAUACUCUGAAAGUGAAGAACGACCUAUUGAAAUCUGAUGUACAGGUCCCUUCUGAAUAUCAUUACAAUUUCACGUCUCUUUUGAUUGAUAACUCAUAUAAAGACACCGAAUUAACAUUAAUAGAUUCUAUAAGAGAAGCCCUUAGUCAUUUAGUGAUUAUGGUUGGAACUGAUUUAAAGAAUUUUAAGUCCAGUGAUUACAUUACUCCAGCCUAAUAGUCUUUCUUUUAUGUAAAUUACAAUGGAUUAAGAAAUAUUAGAUAAGGAUUGGUAGAGAGGUUAGAUUAAUUUUACACAUUUUUUUAAGAUCUUAUUUCUAGUAAGUUCGGUACAUUCUUAGCUUUGAUGAUUAUUAGUAUUAUAAUUUUGAUUAUCACUCAUGCUAUUGUGAUACCAAUAUUAUUAAAAGUGGAUAAAGCAAAUAAUAAGGUAUUGAGUAUGUUUGGACUGAUCCCACCAAUAGAGAUCAAGGAGUUAUCGGAUAAAUGUGAAAAGUUCUUAAAAGAUUACAUAGAAGAUUUCAAUGAGAAAAAAGAACUAGAGAAUAGAAUCAAUAAUAAAAAUCAGGAAGAGAUCAAGAAACAGUAAUAAUAAUAACAAGAUAAACAUUAUAUUGAGAUGAACAAUGAAGAGCACAUAGAUGAGAAACAGAAGGAACAAAUAGAAAAGCAAAAAGAACUAUAGAGAUUAGAGGAUGAGGAGAAGGAAAGAUUGAGAUUAGAAAAGUUAGAAGAAGAUAAAAGAAAGAAGUAAGAAGAGGAAAAUAAAUAAAAAAGGUAUUUGAGACAUAAAAAGAAAAAGAAACACAAAUACAACAUUUAAGAAAUAGAAUUGACUGAAGAUGAAAGAACUCGCAUAGAAAAAUUAGAGAGAUCUAAUGAAAAGAAUGAUUCUUCAGCUCUCCUCAAGUUCAUGUUGUUCUUUAUUUUAUUUACAGGCUUUUUUAUAACCCAAUUAGUUCUUGAAGUCAUCCUACUUAAAUAAUGUAAAUUUUUUAUUUGA